AGCAGCUGCAGGUCGAUCGCUGAAGUCAUUCACAGAAAAGGAAUACUGCACAGGAGAGAUACGCAAAGCGGAGAUUGCGGUUUAUGCGUUACGUUUUUUUUUUUAUGUACGACACCGUUUACUCCAGCGGAAGGACAUCAAAAGAAGGAUUGCUAUCUGUUUCUGCAACAGCCCUGCAAACUAGAGGAUGACGUGCUCAUGAUGCCCCUAAAAUAGCUGCCUGGGAGUGUUACCAAGAUGGCUGCCGAGUGAACUGACUUACUUUAAAGGGACUUUGUCUACUCUCAGGUGAAUUCCAAAGGCCCACCUUGGCAGCUAGAGGAGAGGUCGGCCUCCGUCACCAUGACAGUGUUGCCUCGGGACGUGGCUUCCCUGGCUGUGCCCGGCCUUAUCCUCUGUUUCAUCACUCUUCCAUUUCCUGUUACAUUAUCCCAGAAGGCCCCUGUGCCCACAGAGCCUGUCCCAACCCCAGCACCCCACACAAGGCCAGAGUGUUCCCGUUUAGAGCACCCCAUCGUCUCUAUUCAAGCACUAAGCCCAUUGAUCUCCACUUUCUCCCACCCUGGUGUUAGGGACUACUCCCAGCUUACCCUUGAUCUCACCCGGAAUGAACUUAUAGUGGGAGCGAGAAACUACCUCUUCAGAUUGAAUUUAAGCAACAUUUCACUAAUUCAGGCAACGGAAUGGGGCCCAGACGAAGACACCAGGAGGUCCUGUCAAAGCAAAGGAAAGACGGAGGUGGAGUGUCAAAACUACAUCCGAGUGUUGCUUGUCAACAAGACAGAGGUGAUCACCUGCGGCACCAAUGCCUUCCAGCCUCUUUGCAUCACCAGAGAGGUAGGGAACAUGAGCAGAGUGUUGGAGAGGGUGAACGGAGUGGCCCGCUGUCCCUAUGACCCCCGUCAUAACUCGACCGCUGUGGUGACUGAAAGCGGAGAGCUGUACGCCGCCACGGUCAUCGAUUUCUCCGGCCGGGACCCUGUCAUCUACCGCAGCCUAGGAGGAAUGCCCCCGCUGCGGACUGCCCAGUACAACUCCAAAUGGCUUAAUGAACCUCACUUCGUCUCGGCUUAUGACGUGGGUCUUUUUACCUUCUUCUUCCUGAGAGAAAAUGCUGUGGAGCAUGAUUGCGGUAAGACAGUGUACUCACGGGUGGCACGGGUCUGCAAGAAUGACAUAGGAGGCCGUUUCCUGCUGGAGGACACAUGGACCACCUUUACCAAGGCCCGGCUCAACUGCUCACGUUCGGGAGAGAUCCCCUUUUACUACAAUGAGCUGCAGAGCACCUUCUACCUGCCCGAACAAGACCUCAUCUAUGGCAUCUUUACCACCCAUGUGAACAGCAUUGCUGCCUCUGCAGUUUGCGCAUACAACCUCAGUGCGAUCACACAGGCUUUCAACGGGCCCUUCCGCUCCCAAGAGAACCCUCGUUCCACCUGGCUGCCCACCCCAAACCCCAUCCCCAACUUCCAGUGUGGGACCAUAGAUGAAGAAGGGCCCAAUGAGGGAUUGACAGAACGCAGUCUACAGGAUGCCCAGCGGCUCUUCCUCAUGAAUGACGUGGUCCAGCCAGUUUCUGUCGACCCGCUAGUGUGGCAGGAUGACGUGCGAUUCUCCAAGUUGGUCGUUGACAUUGUACAGGGCCAGGACACUUUGCACCAUGUCAUGUACAUAGGCACAGAGUAUGGAACUAUUCUUAAGGCCCUGGCAACCACAAAUAAGAGCCUGCAAGGUUGUUACUUGGAGGAGAUGCAACUCUUCCCUCCUGGUGCGCGGGAGCCAAUCCUUAGCCUUCAGAUUCUCCAUGGCGACAGGACUCUUUUUGUGGGCUUGCAUGACAAAGUGCUAAAGAUCCCACUGGCAAGAUGCUCCAGCUACAAAACAGAACUGAUGUGUUUGGAUGCCAGAGACCCAUACUGUGGCUGGGACCGAAAGCAGCGCCGUUGCACCACUAUAGAGGACAGCUCCAACAUGAGCCAGUGGUUCCAGAACAUCACUGCAUGCCCUCUGAGGAAUCAAACCGCAGAUGGUGCAUAUGGGCCCUGGGCUCCAUGGCAACCCUGCAGCCACAAUGAUAGCGACUGCACCAGUACGUGUCUUUGUCGAUCACGCGUUUGUGAUAGCCCACCUCCUCGCUGUGGAGGUAAAAACUGCGAGGGUCCCACCAUUGAGGUUUCCAACUGUUCAAGGAAUGGUGGAUGGACACCCUGGUCAUCCUGGGGCCAGUGCAGCACAAGCUGUGAGAUUGGGUUUGAAGUUCGCCAGCGAUCCUGUAACAAUCCUUCGCCCAGGCAUGGAGGCCGAGUGUGUGUGGGGCAAAGCAGAGAACAAAGAUUCUGCAAUGAGAAGGUUGCAUGCCCCCAGCCCAUCUUCUGGUCAUCCUGGUCACCCUGGUCUAAGUGCAGUGCCGAGUGUGGGGGAGGGGUGCACUCUCGCUCCAGGAACUGUGAGAAUGGAAAUAGCUGUCCAGGUUGUGCGCUUGAGUACCAGGCAUGUAACCUAGAGUCCUGUCCAGAGGUACGCCGAAACACCCCAUGGACUCCCUGGAUACCAUUGAAUUUCACCCAGGGAGGGGCACGGCAGGAGCAAAGGUUACGCUACAUCUGCCGGGCUCAACUGGCUGACCCUCAUGAGCUCCAGCUGGGCAAACGCAAGGUGGAGACGCGCUUCUGUCCAAAUGAUGGGAUUGUAACCUGCGAAACAGACUCUAUGGUUGAGGAGCUUCUCAGGAUGCCUGGUGUUCGACUAACUGGCUCUGGGUGGUCAUCCUGGGAGAUGUGGUCAACUUGCACUCAGGAUUGUGCCAAUGGCUACCGCACUCGCAAACGCACCUGCACCAGCGCAGAGGGCAAAAGUGCUCCCACCGCUUGCCGGGGCUCUCCAGCAGAAUACCAGGACUGCAAUCCUCAGCCCUGUCCAGUUAAUGGCGCCUGGUCUUGCUGGUCAUCAUGGUCACAAUGUUCAGUCCACUGUGGAGGCGGGCACUACCAACGAACGCGCACAUGCACCAACCCCACCCCUGCCAAUGGAGGGGACAUCUGCAUCGGCCUGCAUACAGAGGAGGCGCUUUGCAACACGCACACCUGUGAUGGUGGGUGGUUGGCCUGGUCAGUGUGGUCUGAAUGUGAUGACUCUGGCCUGCAGCUACGCAGUCGAAAGUGUGGGGUUCAAGCCACGCCAUGUUUGGGAAACAGCACUCAACACCGAGACUGCAAUGAGAUCCCAGCAAUUCUCCCAGCGUCUAGCUAUGACAAGAACCAGCAGUGUGGAGGGUUCACUCUCCUGCACCUGAUAGCUACCGGUGUGUCAUGUUUCCUGGGUGCGGGUCUGCUGUCCUUCCUAGUGUAUGUGUACUGCCAGCGGUUCCACAAGCCCUCGCAGGAGUCUGCUGUCAUCCACCCCACCACUCCCAACCACCUCAACUACAAGGGCAACACCACACCAAAGAAUGAGAAAUACACACCCAUGGAGUUCAAGACUCUGAAUAAGAACAAUUUGCUGCCAGAUGAGAGGACCAACUACUUCCCUUCCCCUCUUCAACAGACAAAUGUGUACACCACCACAUACUACCCCACAGCGCUGGGCAAAUAUGACUUCCGCCCUGACUCCUCCCCGUCUCCGUGCAGAACCUAUAACCACAACAGCAACAGCUGAGACACGUAUCUAAUACAUAGCUUUAUCGCCAUGGUGACAAGGCUGCUCCGGACAUCACCACCUAAACCCUUCAGUUUCCCCAGCCACACACACUCUCUGCACCUGAGUGAUGAGGAAAAAGUCUGAUGCUUUUCUCCAACAUUCCAACUGAUUUUUCCUCUACCCUCUCCCCCGAGGACCAUGUCACCUAAGUCAUGCCUUAUGGUGUUUGAUGGGAAAAAGACCAGUAUUUUUAAAUGGCUCUUUCUAAAAGGAUGAACAAGAUUGUGUAGCUACACGGACUUUGUUGCAUUGCUGUCUUGAUUGAUCUUUGCAGAGCUCCAGUAACUGGAAGGAGGUUCUGCUGAUGCUAAAGGUGGGAAGACAAAAUUGCUCUGGCUCUUGUCUGACUUCUCUUACUGACAUCACAUACCACUCAAAAAAUAUCUAUUACAGGAAUGUACUUUGGCACACUGUGGCAGCCUUCUCUUCUGUUCAAAAUAGAUGGAGACCAGACAAUAAGAGCAAUCAAUGCUGACAUUAUUAGGUUUGGUUGGAACUGCAGAGUUGUCAUACCUUUGGUUGCAAAUCAAAGGAUUUCCCACUGACUUCUAACCUUUAAAAAAAACACGUAUACAACUUUCUAAGGAGAAUACACAAGAGGACGAGUCAUUGCAAAAUCAAUGCAUCUCCUAGGUGGAUAAUUUGGAACAAGUUUGUAACCAAGCUGCAACAAAAAAACAGCUUAAAAAUAGGCGCUAUAGGAAUGUUAUUGUACUGUGCUUCACAGGGGACCCUUUGGGAUCUUUCAGAAUGGACUCUUUCCAGAAUGGAUAAAUAGCUUACAGUUGACGCAUAGCACGUAACAAAAUCGUAAUACAAAGAGAAUGGUCAAAACUAGAAAACGCCUUUUUGUUUUUUUUGUUUUUUUUACCUGCGAUUGCAUGGAAAUUGAGGAAUAUUGCACCGACAUGGAAAAUGCUUAGGUCUAAAGCAAACAUGUUCUACAAAGUUACUGUAUGUCUUGGUGGUCAUAUUAAAUAUGACUGGAUUCAAACCAAGAUGGACUAUAUUUUAUAAUGAAGAACAAUUUAGGUAAUACUGAUAGCUUGGUACUUGUUUUCUAUGGUUAUUUUAAAGAGGGAAUUAUUUGGCUGUUGUUUUGGCAAAAGCUGUUGGAUAGUUGGACAAUAGAGUUUAUUUAAGAUAUGAGUUCAAACGUUGACAGCGCUGAAUACUGAAUAUGAAAAAGUUUCUAUCACUUCAUAUAUUAUUUUCCACUGUUUCCAGAUGGUGUAUUUCUAACUAACACCACAUUUAUCAGAAAUAUUGGGGGAUUCAUACUCCAUUAUAUGAAGCAUCAUGUAUUCAUAAAAUUGCCUGAAGAGACAAAUUGUAGCAAGAUCGAUGAAUCCCUGUCUUUGUCAUAUUGAACAAUAUGAUAAUUCUGAACAAUAAUGUGUGCAGCACCAUGUGCUUAAAGGAAUAGUUUACCCAAAAAUGAAAAUACUGUAUUAUUUACUCAUCCUCCCACACAAAAGGAGAUGUCUGGCAGAAUGUUGGCCUCAGUCACCAUUCACUUUCAUUGCAUCUUUAUUCUAUACAAUGAAAGUGAAUGGUGACUGUGGCUUUCAGUCCUUCUGUGUUCCACUCAGAAUGUCUCCCGUCAGCAUCAUGCACACAUUCCAGAAGCAGUUCUUCAUGUUCCAUAUGUAGUUAUCAAUAAAAGCGAUUCAGAAAUGGUGACUCAUCGGAAUAUAGUAUUUAUGGUAUGCUUGGUUUCUAUAGGGCAUUGAAAAACUAAAUUAAGCUUUUUUUUUUUAUCAUGCUUGCUUAAUGAAUGCUAAGCCAGCCAUGCUUUCAGCUUGGCAUGAGUACAUAGGUUGUACAUAAGUGAUGCCCCACCGCGAAAAAGUAAUGACACACAAAAGUUAGUAUAAUGUAUAUUGUAAAGUUAACACUGUUUUUUUAAAGCCUUAUAGAUGUAAAAUAAUGUGUGCAACAGCUGUGUAAACAUUACCAACCAUAGAGACUAUGUGGGGAUGGAGCCUUUCAGCCUUUCGUAAGAUGUUUUCAUAAUUUUACUGCAAUGGAGAGAACCGGCUUGUAGACCAACCCUGAUUGUUAACAUUGAAAAUUCUUCAUUAGAGUUCCUACAAAACUGUUAGUUGAGAAAAUGAGCUUUUUUCCCCCUCAUUAUGCCUAUUAUUGAACUGUGCAUAAUUCAUAUUGAUUGUAAAUGAUUAAAUGUGUUACAGUUCACAUGACACUUGGUUCAGAUGUUAAAAUCUAACAUUAAUUGAGGCACUUCCAUAUCAUGCUCAUAAAUUAAAUUCAAACAUAGUUUAUCAUUGUUUUGACUCUAAUAGAUCCAAGUGCCUGUUCAAAUUAAGAGGAGAUUUCUGUAUCUCUAAAUGAUCAUAAUAAUCCCUAAAAACUAAAAUGCAUUGCUAUUUGAAAGAUAUGCUACUGGAAUUCAUGCUUAGUGCAAUUUUAGUUGAUUUCUACGGUGGGGUCCAAAAACACUAAAAUGCUUAAAAUGCUUCUAUUUUGCAUUCUUUCUAAAGUUGUAAUUAAUUUCUUAUUAUGCUCACCUUUUGUUUUAGUGACAGCAUGCACUCGAGCUGGCAAAGCUGAAAUCAAGAACAGGCCGAGACUCAAAGCUCAUAUUCAAGUUAAAAGUCAAAUAAAAUUAAAUGUGCCUGCCCAGAGAGAAUAUGUUGGUCAAGCGUGGCUGCUUUGCAUGAGUUGGAUUUUGAAAGGAGUAUCUCUGCUAUUGAACAGGCAUGAAGCCAGAUGACGCAAUGAGGCGCUCCAUCCCUGCAAGGCUUGGUGCCCUUCUAUGCAACUGACCUGGUGGUUAGAUAUGCGAUGUAGACUGUAAUCACUGCCUUUUAGACACUGUGAAUUUUUGGUACUCUAUAUUUUUGUAUAUUGUACAUUGUAAAAGAUAAUAAACCUUGAUGCCAACCCGG